AAAGCAUUUCUUUCCUUCUCAGUUCUCUCUUCCCGGCGAAGACCCCAAUUCCAUUCCCCCAAAAACAAAAACAGAAGCAUUUCGUUUGACACGAAAACAUACCACAUAAUACCAACCACUCCUCGACCCAACCACUCAAAAUGAAGUUCAGCAUCAUCGCCUGCUUCCUGGCUGCCACCGCCAUGGCCAUGCCAGCCGCCAACCCGUACGAAGUGGCCGACAACGACAUCAUCCUCAUCCAACGCGACCUCGAAGCCCGCGGCCUCGGCAGCCUGGUCAAACCCAUCACAAAAGCCAUCAAGAAGCUGAAGGGCGGCCCAAAGCGUCCAGCCGACAUCGUCCCCGACCUCAAAGACCACUUCAAAGUCUCUCACGACGGAUACGGAACGACUUAUGUUGAGCGCUGGGGUACCAGAAAGAAGCCAGACGCGAUUACAAACUAAGAAAUUCAGUGGUUUUGGUUGCUAGGACUGGCAUGGAUGGGAUGAUGUGUAUGAGUGUCACGUUUGUGGGAUGCGAAAUGUUUUCUUUUGUUUUGGGAGUUAUAAAAACUAUAUUGGGACAUGCGAGCGGGCUGGUCCUGCAAAGUAUGUGGCGUUAAGUUUGGGAAGCAGAGAAUUGAAUUGUUUUGAAAUGGUGCUCGCUCUCGUCUUUCCUACUUCGUUGCUACCUGCUUCCUCCCCCGUUCUUGUUCUGCAUCUUCAGGAUCGCAAAUAUGUGCUUCAUGAUAAAGGCGCCUUGCGACAAUGCCAUUGCUGCUUAGGCUUGCCUCCAACAGCUCCAAUGAUUGAGCAACUGGCGUUCUGAGCCUCUGUAUUGACGAUUCUCAUCCGAAUAUCAGAGUGAGUGGUCUAUAAGUCUGUGAAGGUCUGAUCGUUUUUCUGUUGCCACAUCCCUGGCAACUUUGUCCUGUAAGAGUUCUGUGAAACAUGUACAAUCAUGAAGCUGCCUUGAUAAGCAGUUUUUCGCAUCCCGUCGUGAUGACGUCCCUGCUUCUUGAUCGACUGCUAUGGCGAUGCAUAGCACAGAAUUUCGACAGAGCCACUGCUUGUCGGCUGGGCCACGAU